ACUGUAAAAAAUUAGCUUUUUCGCAAAGAUAAAUAUUUAUUUACUGUUUGUGUGAGAUUAAUAACAAUUUAAUACCUAUAAUUUUUAAAUAGGUUCUGACUCCUGUAAUCAGAGUUUUUAACCUUUUCCAAAACCUGUCGCCUGCUGUCUCCUGAUCAAUUUACUAAAAAUGUCAACUGUCUAUACUCAACAUAACACAAACGAGUUCUUAAAAAACUGGUUUACAUACUUUCAUUAUUAUUAAUAACUUUAUGUUACACCAAUUCAUUUUUAGUUGAAAUUCUUCUUUUUCUAAAAUCUAAAUCGUGUUCUAAGUUGACCUUGUAUUAUAUUCUUAUAUAGGUAGCGACAACUAUUUGAAAGUAACUUUUGUUAACCUAAGUCGUAAGAAUUUAAUUCGUAUAAUGUCUACAUCAACAAUUAAAUUGUACCACUUUUCUGUGAGCUCACCUUCGCGAGGAGCCCUUUUGGCUGCAAGAGUUAUAGGAGUGCCAGUUGAAAUUGUUAUUAUAGACUUGAUGAAGAAGGAACAACUGAAUGAGAGUUUCAUAAAAAUUAAUCCCCAGCAUUGUAUCCCUACGCUGGACGACAAUGGCUUUGUUAUUUGGGAGAGUAGAGCCAUAGCUUGUUAUUUAGCAGAUAAAUAUGGGAAGGAUGCUAUAUAUCCCAAGGAUUUGCAGCGCCGCGCGGUCGUCAAUCAACGAUUGUACUUUGACAGCUCGUUUUUGUAUCCAAGAAUCAGAGCUAUUUGUUAUCCAAUCAUAUUUGAGGGUGUUACAGAGAUUAAGGAUAAGCUAAAGGAUGAGCUGAACAAUUCUCUUGACUUUCUCAACCAAUUCCUAGAUGGUAACAAGUGGGUUGCCGGGGAUCAUGUGACAGUAGCUGAUACUGCAAUUAUUGCAUCAUUGACUUCAAUACUUGAAGUUGGCUGGGACAUUUCAAAUUUUUCCAAUAUUCAAAGGUGGCUUAAAGAUUGUGCUUCACUACCUGGUUAUGAAGAAAACUUAGAAGGUGCAAAAUCCUUUGGGUCUAUAGUCAAGAAGAAUUUAAAACAGUAAACUUUACAAACAUAGUUUAUUUUACUUUACAUAUU